AUCUGUUGGUAAAACUGUGUCUUUGUUUCAUCCAAAUGGGGAGCUGAGAAGGACUUUUCAGACUCAGUUCAUUUCAAAGCAGCCUGUAACCUCUCUUCCUUUUAGAGUUAGAAGAAUCUCCCUUAACUGUGAAGAGUGACAUGGCUACUAUUGUCAAGGUUAUGCAGCUCCCAGACUCAGGCCUUGAAAUUCGGGACAGGAUGUGGUUAAAAAUCACCAUCUCCAAUGCAGUGAUAGGAGCAGAUGUGGUUGACUGGCUUUACACACACGUGGAAGGCUUCAAAGACCGGCGGGAGGCGAGGAAAUACGCCAGCAGCAUGUUAAAACACGGCUACCUCAGGCACACUGUGAACAAAAUCACCUUCUCAGAGCAGUGCUACUACGUCUUUGGAGACCUCUGUGGCAACCUGGCUGCACUGAACCUCAACAACGGUUCCAGCGGCGCCUCGGAUCAGGACACCCUCGCUCCGCUCCCGCAUCCUGCUGCUCCCUGGCCAUUAGGCCAAGGAUACCCCUACCAGUAUCCUCUGCCCCCUCCGUGUUUUCCACCAGCAUACCAAGACCCAGGCUUUAGCUAUGGCAGUGGCAGUGCAGGGAGCCAGCAAAGUGAAGGAAGCAAAAGCAGCGGCUCGAACCGGAGCACCAGCGAGAACAGCAGGCGAGCUGUGGGCAGGGAGAAGGACCGCAAGUCGGGGGGCAGUGGCAGCGAGUCGGAGCACACGGCGCGGAGCGGCGGCAGCACCGCGCGCCGGGACCGGCCCGCCAGCCAGCUCAGCCACCGCAGCCACGGCUCCGCCGCCCACAGCGACAGAAGCCACCACAGCCACCACUCCUACGGGGGGCCCCCGGGGGUGCCCCCGCUCUACAGCCUCCCCAAGCUGGGCUCCAAAGUCUACGGGACCAGCGGCCCCCCCGGAGGGCCUCCCGUGCGGGAACUGAGCGCGGUCCCCCCGGAGCUCACCGGGAGCCGCCAGUCCUUCCAGAAGGCCAUGGGCAACCCUUGUGAGUUCUUCGUAGACAUCAUGUGAGAGGAAGUGCCUUCAGACUCUGCCUGGGUUGGGGUGGGGAGAGGGGGGUGGGUUGGUUUUUUUUUUUUGGGGUGGUUUGUUGUCGAACACUUAAUGGAAGAGACUUGGCUGGUCUUGCAUGUCACACCUUCCUGUUUGCAAAGUGUGUUGCAGUAAAAAAAAAAAAAAAAAAAAAUCAAGAAAACAGAGCGAAAAAUGCAAAAAAAAAAAAUUCC